AUGACGCCAGAGCGACCGGAAACCCCGUCGGCCCCGCUUUCGACGGUUCCAUUUCGUCGCGACCCAGACUUUGUUAAUCGUGGGACUCUACUUGAUCAAGUCCAUGAGAAAGCCUCAUCACCUGGGUCUCGCACUGCACUGGUCGGCCUAGGCGGCGUUGGAAAAUCGCAACUUGCUAUCGAGUACUGUCAUCGAAUUCGGGAUCGAUCUACUGAAACGUGGGUUUUCUGGAUCCACGCGAGUAAUAAAAGUCGGUUCGAGCAGAGCUGUCGAGAGAUUGCCGACCGAGUUAAGAUCCCCGGCUGGCGAAACCAUCAGGUCAACAUAUUUCAACUCCUUUACCAUUGGCUACAGGAUGAGAAGCAUAAAUGGGUCCUUGUCUUUGAUAAUCUUGAUGAUGAUCAAUUCCUUCAUGAAAUUCCACUGGUAACAUCGGAUGAUCAAAGUCAGAUCCUACCUCAGUCGAUCUGGGCACACUUUUCUCAGAUAUCAAGAGGCUCUAUCGUUAUCACAAGUCGGAGUAGGCGUGUAGCCUUACGAUUAGUGGAAGACGAGGAGAUCAUCUCAAUUAGACCAAUGGGCGAAACUCAAGCAUUUGCCCUUUUUGAGAAAAAGCUAGGUACCCAAACCGAUAGGGAAGAUAUCAUUCAAUUGAUCGCAACGCUUGAGUUUAUGCCGCUUGCGAUUGUGCAAGCAGCAGCCUAUAUAAGGCAAAGGGCACCGCGACAAUCCGUCCGACAGUAUCUCGAAAACAUUCAACAAAGCGAUUUACAGAAAAUCGCUCUCCUUGAUAAUGAAGGGGGUCACCUCCGCCGAGACCUAGAGGCCAAGAAUUCGAUUCUUAUCACAUGGCAAAUCUCCUUCGAUUUCAUUCAAAAAAUCAGACCAGCUUCGGCCGAUCUAUUAUCUUUGAUGAGCUUCUUCGAUCGCCAAGGGAUUCCAGAUUAUCUACCUCGACAGAGCAAUAAACGACAAAAAGAAAAAACCGAAAGUAGUGAUCAGAAGGAGAGCGAACCUAAGCAUGAUAAGGUCGACUCAUUUGAUGUCGACACAUUUGAAGAUGACAUAUUAGUACUAAGAGACUUCUCUAUGAUUUCUCUUAGUAUAGAUGGCAAAAGUUUUGAGAUGCAUCGAUUAGUCCAGUUAGCUAUGCAAGAGUGGCUUAGGGCGCAUGAACUACAUGAAAGAUGGCAUGGGGAGUUUGUACAACGGCUUUCUAACAACUUCCCAAAUGGUGACUACGAGAACUGGCCAAUCUGCCAAUUACUGUUUCCUCAUGUGCUAUGCGCUAUAAAGCAACAACCACAAACCCAGUCUCUAUUAGAAGAAUGGGCGUCUCUACUAUAUAACGCGGCAUGGUUUGCAUGGAAGAAAGGGAAUUUCCUCGAUGGUAAAAGAAUGGCAGAGGAGUCAAUCAAAGCAAGAAAAGAGUUAUUCGGUCACAAAAACCCUAAGAGUCUUGAGAGUUCAGAGAUGUUAGGAUCGAUACUACACCUUGGGGGCAAAUGGAAGGAAGCCGAAGAUAUCCAGAUGCGGGUCAUGGAGACCCGCAAGCAGGUGCUUGGGCCAGAACAUCCUAACACUCUGAUCAGCAUAAAUAACGUUGCAUCGACCUACUCGAAGCAGGGACGAUGGAAGGAAGCCGAAGAGCUUGAGAUGCAGGUCAUGGAGACCCUCAAGCAGGUGCUUGGGCCAGAACAUCCUAAUACUCUUAACAGUAUAGGCAACCUAGCAAUUACCUACCGAGAUCAAGGACGAUGGAAGGAAGCCGAAGAUCUUGAGAUGCGGGUUAUGGAUACCUGCAAGCAGGUGCUUGGGCCAGAACAUCCUGAUACUCUGACCAGUAUAGGCAACCUAGCAAUUACCUACCGAGAUCAAGGACGAUGGAAGGAAGCCGAAGAUCUUGAGAUUCGGGUUAUGGAUACCUGCAAGCAGGUGCUUGGGCCAGAACAUCCUAAUACUCUGAUCAGUAUGGGCAACCUUGCAAUGAUUUACCAAGACCAGGGACGAUGGAAGGAAGCCAAGGAGCUUGAGAUGCAAGUCAUGGAUACCCGCAAGCAGGUGCUUGGACCGGAACAUCCUGAUUUUCUGACCAGUAUGGGAAACCUUGCAUUGACAUACUUGAAGCAGGGAAGAUGGAAGGAAGCCGAAGAUCUUGAGGUGCAGGUCAUGGAAACCCGCAAGCAGGUGCUUGGACCAGAACAUCCUGAUACUCUGACCAGUAUGAAUAACCUUGCAUUGGCAUACUCGGACCAGGGACGAUGGAAAGAAGCCGAAGAGCUCGAGGUGCAGGCCAUGGAUACCCGCAAGCAGGUGCUUGGACCAGAACAUCCUGAUACUCUGACCAGUAUGGGCAACCUUGCAUUGACCUACUCGAAGCAGAGACGAUGGAAAGAAGCCGAAGAUCUUGAGGUGCAGGUCAUGGAUACCCGCAAGCAGGUGCUUGGACCAGAAAAUCCUGAUACUCUGAUCAGCAUGAAUCACCUUGCAUUGACCUACUCGAAGCAAGGACGAUGGAAGGAAGCCGAAGAUCUCGAGAUGCAGGUCAUGGAUACCUGCAAGCAGGUGCUUGGGCCAGAACAUCCUGAUACUCUGAACAGCAUAAAUAACCUUGCAUCGACCUACUCGAAGCAGGGACGAUGGAAGGAAGCCGAAGAUCUCGAGGUGCAGGUCAUGGAUACCCGCAAGCAGGUGCUUAGACCAGGACAUCCUGAUACUCUGACCAGUAUAGGCAACCUAGCAAUGACCUACUGGAAGCAGGGACUAUGGAAUGAAGCCGAAGAGCUUGAGGUGCAGGUCAUGGAGAUCCGCAAGCAGGUGCUUGGGCCAGAACAUCCUAACACUCUUAUCAGUAUAGGCAACCUAGCAACGACCUACUCGAACCAGGGUCGAUGGAAGGAAGCCGAAGAUCUUGAGGUGCAGGUCAUGGAUACCAGCAAGCAGGUGCUUGGACCAGAACAUCCUGAUACUCUGACCAGUAUGGGCAACCUUGCAUUGACCUACUCGAAGCAGAGACGAUGGAAAGAAGCCGAAGAUCUCGAGGUGCAGGUCAUGGAUACCCGCAAGCAGGUGCUUGGACCAGAACAUCCUGAUACUCUGACCAGUAUGGGCAACCUUGCAUUGACCUACUCGAAGCAGGGACGAUGGAAGGAAGCCGAAGAUCUUGAGAUGCAGGUCAUAGAGACCCGCAAGCAGCUGUUUGGGCUAGAACAUUCUAACACUCUGACCAGUAUGAAUAACCUUGCGUUGACCUACUCGAAGCAGGGACGAUGGAAAGAAGCCGAAGAGCUCGAGGUGCAGGUCAUGGAUACCCGCAAGCAGGUGCUUGGGCCAGAACAUCCUGAUACUCUGAUCAGCAUGGGCAACCUUGCGUAUACCUUACAGUCAUCAGGUGAACACGACGCUGCUUUGCUAUUAAUGAUAGAAUGUGCCCAACUAUGCAGCCAAAAACUGGGCCCUGACCACCCGUAUACCCUGUCUUCGAUUUCUAUCCUUAAUGACUGGUGCAGGAGGAGUCAUUCCCCACCUGCUCAAACAGAGGAGCCCAUGGAGAAUAAUACCCCAGCAACUUCCGACCCAGUUUUUCAACCUAGCCGAAAUCACAAGCGAGCAAUCUUCUCCCGUCUUUUCAGCAAAAGAUAG